AUGCGCCGCGCCACUGCUGCCUCUGGCUCCGCGGGGGCGGUGGCGCCGACGGCCGCCAACUCGCUCACCAGCGCGGCGCUCCUCACGAAUACAUGCGCCAUCCACGGUGAGGUGCGCCACCACAACACGGACUACGACAACACUCGCAUUCCGUGGGACUUCACCACAGCCAGCUACGAGAAGAUUCAUCACGAGAUCUUGCCGAAAUUUCCACGCGGCAGGCGAAUGUCGGCCACAAUUCCGCUACUUCACCUUGCCCAGCAGCAGCAGGGCGGGUACAUCCCGGUGACGGCCAUGUACAAAAUUGCGAAAAUUUGUGAGGUGCCACCGAUGCACGUCUUCGAGACUGUCACCUUCUACUCCAUGUUCAACCGACACCCAGUCGGCAAGUACCACAUUCAGUUCUGCCGCACCACCCCGUGCAUGCUGUGUGGCGCCGACGAGCUGAUAGAACGCACUAUGCACUACCUGAACGUGCGCAUGCACGGCACAACGAGUGACGGCCUUAUUACAGUUGGUGAGAUGGAGUGCCUCGGCGCAUGUGUGAAUGCACCCAUGCUGGUGGUGAGUGACUACAGCAACCCACCGAACUUCUCGUACGACUACGUGGAGGACUUAACGUGGGACAGCAUCAAGACACUCGUGGAAGACCUCCGUGGCGGAAAGCCUUUCAAGAUCGGCCCGCAACGUCCGGAUCGAAGGUGCGCCGAGCCGGCAGGUGGGCGCACAUCGCUCCUGUUCAAAGAACCCCCAGGCCCGUACUGCCGCGACUUCGACGCCAAGCCGGAAGAGAAGAAGGCGGACGCCGCCCCGCCCAAGAAGUAG